CACAACAGCCAUGAGUCUUAGGCGAGCCUUCCCCGUGCUACGCUCCGCCCUCUCCCGCCGAGCCCCUCUGUCUACAGCGCCGGCGACCCGCGAGCAGCACGCCGCGGGCCUGGAAGCCGUGCGGGGGCGCGGGGCGGCCGAAGACGCGCGGCCGCCAGUGCCAGCUGUGGACUUCGGCAACACGCAGGAGGCAUACCGGAGCCGGCGCAGCUGGGAGCUGGUGCGCAGCCUUUUGGUGCUGCGCCUUUGCGCCUCGCCCGCGCUGCUGGCGCGCCACGAGCAGUUGCUCCGUCUUGCCAGGAGACUUCUGGGGCAAAGGUUGUUCGACAGGCUGAUGAAGAUGACCUUCUACGGGCAGUUUGUGGCUGGUGAGGACCAGGAGUCCAUCCGGCCCCUGAUCCAGCACAACAGGGCCUUCGGCGUGGGCUCUAUCCUGGACUAUGGUGUGGAGGAGGACCUGACCCCCGAGGAGGCCGAACGCGAGGAGAUGGAGUCCUGUACCUCAGCAUCGGAGAGGGACGGCCAUGGCACCAGUAAGAGGGAGAAGCAGUUCCAGGCCCACCGGGCAUUCGGAGACCGCAGGGAUGGCGUUGUCAGCACCCGCACCUACUUCUACGCCAGCGAGGCCAAGUGUGACAGCCACAUGGAGACAUUCCUGCGCUGCAUCGAGGCUUCAGGUGGUGCCAGCGAGGAUGGCUUCUCAGCCAUUAAGCUCACUGCACUGGGGAGACCCCAGUUUCUGCUGCAGUUCUCAGAUGUGCUGACCAAGUGGAGACGGUUCUUCCACCAAAUGGCCGCAGAGCAGGGCAAGGCCGGGCUGGCUGCCGUGGACACGAAGCUGGAGGUGGCUGCACUGCAGGAAAGCGUGGUGAAGAUGGGCAUCGCGUCCCGGAUGGAGAUUGAGAACUGGUUCACUGUGGAGACCCUUGGCGUGUCUGGCACCCUGGACCUGCUGGACUGGGGCAGCCUCAUUGACAGCAGGACCGAGCUCUCCAGGCACCUGGUGGUCCCCAACAUGCAGACAGGACAGCUGGAGCCUCUGCUGUCGCGGUUCACUGAGGAGGAGGAACGGCAGAUGACGAGGAUGCUGCAGAGGAUGGACGUCCUGGCCAAGAAAGCCAGCGAGGUGGGCGUGCGGCUGAUGGUGGAUGCCGAGCAGACCUACUUCCAGCCGGCCAUCAGCCGCCUGACACUGGAGAUGCAGCGCAGGUUCAAUGUGGAGAGGCCACUCAUCUUCAACACGUACCAGUGCUACCUCAAGGACACCUACGACAAUGUCACCCUGGAUGUGGAGCUGGCUCGCCGAGAGGGCUGGUGUUUCGGGGCCAAGCUGGUGCGUGGUGCAUACAUGGCCCAGGAACGUGCCCGCGCCCUGGAGAUUGGGUAUGAGGACCCUAUCAACCCCACCUAUGAGGCCACCAACGCCAUGUACCACAGGUGCCUCAACUACGUCCUGGAGGAGCUGAAGCACAACGCCAGGGCUGCAGUGAUGGUGGCCUCGCACAAUGAGGACACCGUGCGCUUCACGCUGUGCAGGAUGGAGGAACUGGGCCUGCACCCCGCCGAUUGCCAGGUGUACUUUGGACAGCUUCUGGGUAUGUGCGACCAGAUAAGCUUCCCGCUAGGUGAGCUGGGCUUCCGGUGGGGGGGCGGGGGGCAGGGGCGGAGGUGCUGGGACUCACCGCCUCCACCCCUGUGUGCAGGACAGGCAGGCUACCCCGUGUACAAGUACGUGCCUUACGGCCCUGUGAUGGAGGUGCUGCCCUACCUGUCCCGCCGAGCCCUAGAGAACAGCGGAGUCAUGAAGGGUGCCCAGAGGGAGUGGCAGCUGCUUUGGCAGGAGCUCAAGCGGAGGCUCCGCACGGGCAGCCUCUUCCACCGCCCGGCCUAGUGCUGUGGCUGCGUCCCAACGCAUCCUCACCUGGGCUGCGACCACCCAGGGCUACAGCCCGACCCCAACCUCACACACAACACCUUUUACAUCCCAAACUGUGAGACCCCGCUGGCCCCUGCCCGUGGGCACCCAGGUGUGGGCUAUUUCCGUUACCUGCCAGUGCUGCUGGGAACUGUCAGAAACCGCCCUCCAGUGAGCGAGCAUGGCUGCAUCUCUGCCCACCCCCACGACCUUGGGCCUGAAGAACCACCUACUGCAGGGUUCAACCCAUGGGCCCUGAGCCCCACAGGUGGGCAGUGGCUGGCUGGGAAAGGUGGCCUGUCAAUAAACCACUGUUUCUGCAGCUAAGAGCCCUUGACUCCAGGCCCACGAUGUUCUUCCCUGCAGAGCCCUCAUGUGCAGUCAGUGGCAGAGGGAGUGGCUCCGAUGGCCCGAGAAGCCUCAUGCUCAGCCUCUCCUGUGUCACGCGCCCCCGGCACACCUUGGGCAGGGUGGACCCACCAACACCUGCCUUCAAGCUGUAUUGCAGACCCAGCCGCGCAGGGCACUGGAUACCCUCACCUCCAACCCCACAGCUGGGGCUCAGACCAAUGCAGACAGCGCACUCCCCAGAGUGGGCUUGGUGCUUCCCCAUCCUCAGUCUCUUCCUCCCUCAGACCCUUCCUGCUGCUCUGUGCCCUUCACCCCAGCGGCCCCAGUGACCCACACCAGGCUCUGGCUGCUCUGACCGCCCCACAGAGCAGACUGGAUGUGGCCCUAGUGCCCUCAGACUUGCCCCAGGGAGGGGGCUCUGUGACAUGGGGGUGGGGCCAUCUUCUGCUGAUUCCCCUGUAGGCCACGGAGCCCACAGGCAAGGGCCCUAGCUAGGCCCUGGUCACGACAGGCACCACAGAGCUGUCAUGCAAGCCACGUGCAGGCCAUGCUGAGGUGUCUUUAUUUCUCGGGGUCACAUGCAGCUCAUGAGCCUUUCCUACUCGGGGGCUGCACCUGCCAAGGGAGGGGCCGAAAGCAGAACACAUCGGAAGCCUGGGGCAGACAGCCGGAAGGCUGGGCCCACUCUUCCCUUUACCUUCCCACCCUAGCUUUGGAUAAAAAAGCCCAGGUGAAGGUGGGUGGCAGACGCAGCCCAGGUCCACCUAGCUUCUCCUCACGGGGUGCCCCUCCUGCAAGCAGCUGGGAGGGUGGUGGCCAGACUUCAGGAAGAUGAGCGCCACUCAGCUUUCUGCUGCCUUUGGUGACUGUGGAACAGGGUUGUCUUCCCAGCCAAGAUGGGCAGCGGGUCACUGGCAAGAACCCUGCCUGCUCAUAGUGCCGCCUUCCCCACCUGGCAGCCCCUCUGCUGCAGCUUCCGGAUGAGUUCCAAUAGGUUCAUCUGUAGCGUCAGCUCCUGGGAUGCAGAGGGGCCACUGUGAGGUCCCCUUUAGCCCUGGCAUAGGCCCCAGGAAGCAGCCUCCUUUACCCAAGGACCCAGGGCAGAUACCAGGACCUAGAGAGCACCAGGCUUGAGCCCAUGGGGCUGACUUCCAGUGAAGCCUGGCUACCGCCUGCCAGAAAGGGGCAGGUGUUGGGACUCCACCUGUGGCAGGGCCUGCAGUUGCCCUGGCUUGGCGUAAGUGGAGGUGUGUGCAGGGAUGUAGGGGAACUGCACACGAGGCCCUGUAGGGCAUAGCGCACCCGGGGAAGGUGGGCAAUGCCCUGUAGUCACGUGGCUUACCCUCCUGUGGCGGAGGCAGUGUGACCAGCCUCCAUGCUGAGCACAACGCAGAAACCCUUCCUGGAGCCUCCCUAACUCACCAUGUCCCCUGUGUCCACACACCCUGGGCCUGGGCUCCCAGCGACCAGCUAAAACCCCAUAUGGAAUCUAGCCUUGGGGACCAACAUCCCCUGGGCUGUGCCGGGGCAGGCCUGUGCCACUGACCUGCGGGUUGGUGGUCACAUAGAAGCCGGCGACCCCUGCCUUCUCCAGUGUGCUCUGCUGGUCCGCCACCUUCCGGUCCAGCUCCAGGACAAUCUUCUGGUCCAUCGCCCGCUGCUCCUCACGGAUCCGGUGCUCCACCGCCUGCCACGGUGAAGGCAGCUCAGGGGCUCAGCCUCCUGCCCAUCAGUGCCUCACACACACAUUCCUGGCCUGUCACCUCCUCUGGCCCCUCCCCACCUCCCAGUGGAUCCAGCUCCCAGACUAUGGAUGGAUCCCGUACUGCACCCAGGUCCGUCCCUCCUUAGCCACACAGAACCCUGCAGAGGGGCUCAGAUGACCUGCCCCAAAUGCCCUUCCUCCAGCACCUCCUGUCAGGUGUCCUCCCUUUGCUGUGCCAGGCCUCGCCCAGCCCUGACAGCUCGGGACCACCAUGAGCUGGCCAGAUGCUGGCUCCACCUCUGCUGACUGUCAAGCUGGCCACCAUCUCUGGGCCUUUGCGUAUGUUUCCUCCCCACUGGAGCUGCGGCCAAGCCCGGCUCAGCACCUCCUCCCUGCAUGCCCUGGCCUGGGGCUGCCUUGGGACCCUGCACACGCCUCCACAUGCACCCCACCACUGGUGGCUUCUUGGUUAUGGGUGGGCCUCUGCGUUGUUCCCAGGCAACGUGGGAGCAGGACUUGCUGGCUCCAUCAUCCCACCACUGCCCUCAUCCCCAAGGCCAUGGGGCACAAUGGCCCCCACUCACACCUGCCCUGUACAGGCCCAGCCCAUUAGGAGCUGCUGUCUCGAGGAGCAGGAGGAGGGGAGUGGGGGGAUCACACACUCUCCAUCCACUCCAAGCACACCCCAACCCCCGACAGUGAAGAGCCACAUGUGGGCACAUGGAGCCUUCGCGGCCCACCCCAGGCUGAGGCCCAGGCUGGCCAGUGGCUCCCAAGCCACCCGGAGCCCCUCCUCUACGGCCCUCUCAGCAGAGCUCAGGUGGUGCCCACCCUGCCCACACCCCUACCUCUAGCUCGCGCUGCUGGGCCGCCUGGAGCACAGGCAGGUUGUGGGGCCGGCAGGCCUGCUGGGCUUCCUGGUGUUUCUGCCGCAGCGCCUGCCUGAGCACUGGAAGGGGACGAGACCAGAGGGGUUAUCAGCAGGUGGCAGAGGGGUAAGGAGGGGGCCUGCUCCAGCUGUCCCACCACCACAGGGAAGCAGGGCAGAGGCGUGGACGUGAGGGAGGCCUGCACUGGGAGCUGGGUGGAGCUCUGGACACCCAGCCCCCAGCCCACUCAGGCGGGCCCUCACCCAGGGUACGGCCCUUCUCCAGCAGCAGGGCUCCAGGGCACUAGAGAAGGGUGAGGCCAAGUGUAUGGUUAUGGGGGUGGAGCCAGGGCUGCAGCCUGAGCUCAGAGAAUUGUGGAUAGGGAGGGAGGAGACUGCGGUCUAGAGGUUUCUAGGCUCAGAUGCUGGCUACAGGCCAGGAGUCCAGCGUGACCUGCCAUCAUCCAAGGGACAUCCACUGAGACAUCCAAAAGACCACCCAGGCAAAGGCCUGGGAAAGGAGGACGAGGAGAGUGGCCUCUGCCCUGGGGUGUGGCAGUCACUCCCCCUCAGUGCUGCCCUUGGUGGUGGUGAGGGGUGCAGAGCCACCCUGUACCCUAUCCACAGCUCCUAGAGGGAGUACAGACCCUGAGCACAGACCCUGAGGGGCCCAAGGAUGUGAUGAAAUAAAAUUCAUAUUUUAAGUUAAGACACGCAACAUUUAAAUAAAAUUUUUUCUCUGCUCAUUUGAGCCUCCUCCCUUCCCUCCACUGAACAUUGUGCAUCUGCAUUAAGCAUGAACCAGACUCCCCAAUGGCAGAAAUACCUGCUCAACCACAAAGAUCAAUUUUUCUCCUUCUGGUGCCAGCCAUGUAACUCCUUAGGAGGUAACAUUCCUUUCUCAGUCCUCUAAGGGGUCAUGAUGACCCACCACUGGCCUUGUACGUGCAGAUGUCUUUGGUGGACUUUAUGGACAAGGCCACAAUAUCAUUUCUCUUAAAGACAGCGAUUGGUGCAGAACAGACUGGUCAGACGACCUGGGGAGACACUGGGCUGGAGUUCUCAGCUUAAAUAUUUACUGAUGACCUUAUUAAUGUCACUAGCUAUAUUUCUGCCUAUUUUACAAGAUUAUUGUUUCUUUAAUGACCAAAUGUGUGGCUGAGCCUCCAAUAAAGAUAAUGAUGACUAUAAGACCUGAAACAACUGACCAAAUAUAUAGUUCUGUAAGAUCAAGGAUUGUAAUAGUG